UCUUGACCUCUGCAUCACCUGUGUCACUGAGCGUGUCGCCUUCUGCUCCUGCUCUCACGGCCACAGGGGCGGAAGCAGAGGACCAGGCUUCGGGAAGGAGAGGUCGGGGACGGAGUCUGACGGAAGCUUCCCCUGAGGGGAGGAAGCUGAGGAAGAAUGGCCAGCUCUAAGUCUCAAGACAUGGUCUGUGGUUCAGUGACAUUUAGGGAUGUGGCUGUUGACUUCUCUCAGGAGGAGUGGGCCUGCCUGGAUGCUCCUCAGAGGGUGUUAUACAGGGACAUGAUGUUGGAGAUCUACAGCCACCUCGUCACAGUGGUAGGAAGUUCGAUUUGCAAACCAGAUCUGAUCACCUUAUUGGAGCAGGAGAGAGAGCCCUGGAUGGUUGUGAAGGACAAAACAGACAGGCCGAGCCCAGAUAUGGAGAAAUGUUUUGAAGCUGAAAAUAUAUCUUCAGAGAAUCAUAUUCAUAAUAGAAAUUUACCCAAACAGAGCAUAAGUAAAACUUUUGACCUCCAGGGCUCCACUUUUAGUGAUGGCCCCAAAGAUAGUACAUUAAAGGGACUACAAGGUUGUCAAGAAGGAGAUGCUAAUCAAAAGAUUAGUUACAAGGAACAAAUGCCUACUCACACCUGCCGGACUCUUACUCACACUAUAGAAAAAGCACAUGAAUGUAAAGAGUGUGGGAAGUACUUUGGGUAUAGUUCAGCCCUUACUCAGCAUCAGAGUGUUCAUACUGGAGAGAAGCCCUAUAAAUGUAAGGAAUGUGGGAAGACCUUCAGACUCCACAAACAGCUUUCAAGACAUCAGAAAUCUCACAGUGGUGAGAAACCUUUCAAAUGUGAUGAAUGUGGAAAGGCUUUUUAUCUUCCCACCCUGCUAAAGUGUCAUAAAACCGUUCAUACAGCUGAAAAACCCUUUGAGUGUGAGGACUGUGGGAAGUCCUUCAAGCGACUCUCCCACCUUGUUGGACACAGGACUGUUCAUGCCAAUGUGAAACCAUAUGAAUGUAAUGAGUGUGGGAAAGCCUUUAAUCGUCGCUCAAACCUUGUGAAACAUCAGAAAAUUCAUUCUGGUGAGAGACCCUUUCAGUGUAAGAAAUGUGGAAAGGUCUUCACUGUUCUGGCACAGCUUACUCAACACCAGAACAUUCAUACUUCAGAGAAAUUCGAAUGUAAGCAAUGUGGGAAGAUAUUUAGUAGUGGCUUUUACCUUAUACGACACGAGAGUAUUCAUACAGGUGAGAAACCUUUUGAAUGUAAUGUAUGUGGGAAGGCUUUUAGGCUUCAGGUAUACCUUAAUGAGCAUCAGAAAACUCACACUGAUGAGAAACCGUUCAAGUGUAAGUUCUGUGAGUCAGCUUUCAGACGGAAGUAUCAGCUUAGUGAACAUCAGAAAAUUCAUUCUAAUGUGAAACCCUAUGAGUGCAAGGAUUGUGGGAAAUUCUUUCGUAGACGGUCAAAUUUUACUGAGCAUCAGACUAUUCACACUGGAAAAAAACCUUUUGAGUGUAAAGAAUGUGGGAAGCUCUUUAGACUUAAUAUACAUCUCCUUCGACAUCAGAGUUUUCAUAAUGGUGAGAGACCUUUUGAGUGUAAAGAAUGUGGGAAGGCUUUUCAUUUUUCCAGCCAGCUUAAUUACCAUAAAACAAUUCAUACAGAUGAAACACCUUUUGAAUGUAAGGAAUGUGGGAAGUCUUUCAAGCGUGCCUGCAGCCUUUUGGAACACAGGAUUAUUCAUGCUGGUGUGAAACCAUAUGAGUGUAGUCAGUGUGGGAAAGCCUUUAAUCGUCGCUCAAACCUUGUGAAACAUCAGAAAAUUCAUUCUGGUGAGAGACCCUUUCAGUGUGAGGAAUGUGGAAAGGGCUUUACUGUUCUAGCUCAGCUCACUCGUCACCAGAGUAUUCAUACUGGAGAGAAAUCAUUUGAGUGUGAGCAGUGUGGGUCAGCCUUCAGACUUCAGUACCAGCUUACCCAACAUCAGAGGAUUCAUACUGAUGUAAAACCAUAUCAAUGCAAGGAAUGUGGAAAGGGCUUUGUUCGUGGUACAGCUCUUAGAAUCCAUGGGAGAGUCCAUACUGGCAAGAGGCCCUUUUAGUGUAAAGAAUGUGGAGAAGCUUUUCAGUAUCACUACCAGUUUCUUGGAUAUUUUAGAAUACAUACUGGCAAGAAUCCUUAUGAAUGUAAAGAAUGUGGGAAGUACUUUACUCGUGGUGGAGACCUUAAAGUACAUCAAAGAAUUCACACUGGUGAGAAACCUUUCCAGUGUUAAGAAUGUGGGAAGACCUUUAAUUUAAAACAAAACUUGGUUUGACAUGCUAAAAUUCGUAUUAAUAAGCUUUAUGAUGUAAGGAAUCUGGAAAGGCCUGUAGUAAUUCUAAGCUACCUGUAUGUCAGAGAAUUCAUUCUUACAAGAAAAUCUUAAUCCCAUUAGUGGAGAAUAAGACCAUUACGACAACUUAAAGCCAAUUUCAAAGGAAGCUUUAAGUAAAUACUGGCCAGGUGAUGGACUCUGGCCAGGUCCAGGUCUGGGUUUCCAGAAAAUAACUAUGAGUCAUGCCUUGCAAAGGCUUAGAAGGGUAACCCCACAAGGCUACAGUAUUUCCCAUCAGGUAUAAUCAAGUGGCAAGCAUAUAUCCUAUUUCCUGUCUAUGUACCUCCCACUUACAUAUCAAGUCAGGGGAAAUGUAUACUCUGAUGUGUUUCCUGUUCAUGUACCUCCUCUCCCACCUGCAACUAAGCACAUCUGGGGUGCACAUCUGGGUCAAACAAACUUGUUCAGGGGAAUGAAAAUUGUGACUUUUAUCUCCCAUAAGCAAUAGCCUCCAGCAUUUCAGGAAGUAUUUAUCCUUGGGCAAUGGGCUUAACAAACCUGUUAGAGGCAUUUUUAUUUAAUAGAUCUUUUAGGCACAGUAAUUAAAAUUUGAAAAGUAACUUUGGUUUGCACAAAACUUUGUGAACAAACGAACGUAAUAAAUGUGGGAAAAUGUUUAGAUUUAGUUCAGCUUUUAUUACACAGAGGAGAAUUCAUAUUGAUAUGAAAUCCUAUCACUGUAAAGAAUGUGGAAAAACCUUCAGUUGGAGCACAGGCCUUUAACAUAAAAGAAUCCAUGCUGGUGUCAAACACUAUGUGUGCAAGGAAUGUGGGAACAUUAUGGAAUUAGCUCAGCUCUUAAAGAGUCCAUAUAGGUCUAAAUCCUAUAAAUGUAAGAAAUGUGGGAAAGCUUUUAUUGUAAAUGGUGAGCUUAUACAACAUUAGAAAAUCCAUGAUCCUCAGGAGUCCUAUGCAUGUAAGGAAGGUGGACAAGCCUUUGUAUGGAAAUUUUACUCAUCAUCAGAACUCAUAUUGGCAAGAGUGUGACAUAAAGGGAUGUGAGAAAAACUUUAUUCUGCCGUAGGAUUUGGUCAGUGUCAGAAUACUCAUAUACUUCUUGAUGCCAAGAAACCAUUUGGGAAUGAGAAUGUGGGUAGUGUUAUUCAGAGAUGAUACUUUUUCAAGAAUAUCUUUGAAUAUCAGAAAUAAAGCAUAGCCAUCAUGUUCUUGGUUUACUCUCAUCUUCAUUUUGUAAACUUAAAAUACUAGUCAGUCAAUUUAGGAAUAGCAAGUUAUUGGAACCGGGAUUAUCUGAGGCACCUUCCUUGUCAUCAUUAACUUCUCAUGGCUCCUGUGAUAUUAGACUGGAUGUUUAUUUUCUUUCUGCCUAAUUUGUUAAUGGUGGACACAGUACCAGCCAAAAUUGUGGAAACAGUGUUAUAGUAGAUAUAGGAUCCUUGAGAGUAUUUGGUUCAUGACUAUAGCUUUUACAGUAUUUUUGCUUUCAUUGGCAUUACUGUAACUAGUAUGAAAAGCAAAUUGUAUUGCAGGUAGUUAAGAAAAGCCUCAAGCAUUCCUCCAAUAUUGAAUUUCAAAUAACUUCAUUCUGAAUAAAUUCUGAUGGAUGAAAACUAUACAAAA